AUGGCCAAGCGAACUGCUUCUACUGCUCUUGAUCAAUCUGGACGGCCCUCGGAGAAUCCCAUUGCUACAGCCCCAUCUGCUCCAAUCCCGACCCCUCAAGAAGCUGCUAUCUCCUCCGCAUCUCCGCCCUCUCUGAGAAUCACGCGUUCCGCUGCCAGACUUGCUGCAGAAACUCCGUCCACACCUGGCACGCGUGCUGGUUCAAAUCCGUCAUCCAACCCUUCGACCUCGUCCCAGACACGAAAACGAAAAGCCCCAACUCGACGUGAAAAAGAAUCCCCCACAGCUGAACAAGAACACUUUCCUUCGACAAGCUCACCACCAAGGAGAACAAAGAGGCUGAAAACCGCACAAUCACCUGCCACUCGCCCGGUCCCCCAACCACGCCAAACCCGUCGGCAGACAGAGAUGUCACAAGCAGGGUCUUCUUCUCGUCAGACUGAUGACACCAAAGGGACGAGAUCUUCGUCAAGGCAGAAGUCGUCUAAGACGAAAAGGUCAUCUCAAGAUAGUAAUCCACCGCAAAAGUCGCCUCCUCGCCACCAAAAAAGACGUCAAAGCAAACGAGAUUCCGAUGUUACAAUGAAAGACGCAGAUGAUAUUCAGGACGAGAGCGUUGGAAGGAGUGGGGCGGAAUCUUCCUCACCAAACGAGGAACGUCUGCCAAACGACUCAAGUUUGCGUAGUGAAGAUAAUGGAGAUCCUUUCCCUGGCCAUUUAUUUGGGUCUCGGAGUCCCCUAGAAUUGCAAAACACCCUUCGAGCUCUGAGCGGAAUGAUGUCUGGUAUUUCGACGCGGUUACGAGAUAUCCUGGUGAAUCUGAGAAUGAAAGAGGAUCCGUCCGUCCAACUUAUUGCUUUACAAGAAUUGUCGGAUUUGCUACUUGUCUCUAAUGAAGAUACACUUUCUGGACAAUUUGCAGCGGAUUCUUAUGUCAAAGAGCUCGUCACUUUAAUGGAACCAAGUGAUACCGGCGAAGAGAAUCCUGAAAUUAUGCUGCUUGCAUGUCGUUGCCUGGCAAAUUUAAUGGAAGCUAUCCGAGGAUCCGUUGCAAAUGUCGUUUAUGGAGGAGCCGUUCCAGUACUUUGCCGAAAGCUCCUUGAUAUCCAAUUUAUUGACCUUGCGGAACAAGCAUUGAGUACACUGGCAAAAAUAUCUGUUGAUUUUCCAGCUUCUAUCGUACGUGAAGGCGGAUUAACCGCCUGCUUGACAUAUCUUGACUUUUUCCCUACAAGUACGCAACGUACAGCUGUUACCACGGCUGCUAAUUGUUGUCGUAAUCUUCCGUCGGACUCGUUCCAUGUGGUUAGGGACGUAAUGCCUACAUUGCUGCAUGUCCUGUCUAGUAACGAUCAAAAGGUCGUGGAGCAAGGUUGUCUUUGCGUUUGCCGGGUGGUAGAAAGCUUCAAGUACAAACCGGAUAAAUUGGAGGAUCUCAUCGAACCGGCAUUGCUGAGAGCUAUUCUCAGACUGCUUUUGCCAGGGACCACUAACUUGAUCGGAUCGCAUAUUCAUACCCAGUUUCUGCGUGUCCUCGGGAUUAUUUGCAGGUCGAGUCCUCAACUGUCAACGGAACUUCUCAAAAUGGAUGUUGUUGAUACACUGUAUCAAAUACUGACAGGAGUUUCACCGCCUUCUGAUCUUAGUGACGGAACUGUUAAGAUAGACAGCGUUCACGUUAUGCAAGCUUUGAUUCACCGUCCUCGUGAGCAGAUCUACGAGACUCUCAACAUUAUUUGCGAAGUUUUACCAGGUAUUCCUGGCGAGCAGCUUCUAACUAACGAUCGCUUGCGCUCUCCAUUCGAUGAUGAUGUUUUAUUAUAUUCGAAUUCGCACAAGACAAAUCAGUCGGUUGCAAAGCGAGUGGAGUCCCUCAAGUCGUGCAAAGACGAAAUGAAAAGAUUUGCCAUGAUUCUUUUCCCGACAUUAACAGACACGUAUUCUAGCACCGUCAACCUCGCUGUUAGACAAAAGGUACUUCUUGCACAACUGAAAAUGUUGCAGCAUUUGGACGUUCAAGUCAUCGAAGACGCACUGCGCAAUGUGCCGUAUGCGUCAUUUCUAGCUGCAAUCCUGUCGCAGGAUGACCACGUAUCACUCGUUGCACUUGCUCUUCGAUGUGCGGAGCUUCUAUUUAAACGUCUAAAAGAUAUAUAUCAAUAUCAGUUCCACCGCGAGGGCGUCAUCACCGAGAUUACCAGAUUGUCCGAGAAACCCAUACCAUCCGAACUGCCCGGAAAGAAAGAAAGUAAGACGAACCUCACGGUUGGCCAUGAUACGGGGUCAGAAACUGGGGAAGAUAAAUUUGAGGAUCAUAGUCAAAGUUAUUCGCACGACGAGGAUGAAGAGAGCCGUGAGGGUGAGGAUUAUAACGACGAUUAUGAUGACGAGAAUGACCAUGAACAUGGUCACGAUGACAUGUCAGAAUCAGAGGUUUCUUCGUCCUCAGAUACGGGGCACCCCACCGCUAGGCGAUUUGACAAAGAAAAAAUGGUCGUAGAUUAUGCUAAAGAUUUCCUUCGGGUUUAUGAACAUAGCAAAGCAGUUGGAUUGCAUGAUAAGGCGUUGGAGGUACUUCAGCAACUGAAGACUCUCGUAUCCGACAUUGCCCUCUGUUACGAACAUCCAAAACCACAAAACGGAUUUCAUCUUUUCCAGAAGCUCUCCUCAUAUUUUGGCGGGGACGCUGUUGAAAGUAUUACGAGUGCAGAGUUACUCAACUCCGGUGUCAUCCAAACUCUUCUCGACGUUAUUGGUGACGUGCAAGCUAACAGAUCGAUUCCAGCACCAGCUCCUGGGAAUCGGGCCAAAACAGAUUUUCUCCGCGCUUUUAUGGCCCCGAACAUAUCUGAAUCAAAUGACGGUGGUGACUAUACCACUCCGUUUGGCGUCCUCAUUCACAAGCUACAGGAUUUGCUUAGUCGAACUGAGCACUUUGAAGUUGUUACUGUGCAUCACAAUACCUACGAGAGCCGGAAUACAGCGUCGAUGUUAUCUAAGCAACUUCGUCUUCGCCUAACUGCUGAAGACGAAUCAGAUAUCCCAAAGACAUUUAAAAGCAUCAUGGUUUCGAUCCAUGCAAUUGCCAACUUUAAAGCACUUGACGAGUAUCUGCGCCCGAGAAUCGCUGUAACAGAGCGUUCCAGAGCUCCAAGACAUCGCGAUGGCCAUCUUAUGCAACCCGGGAGUUCUUCGAAAACGAAAGAAGCGUCAGGAGAGGGUGCAGAACCCAACAAUACCGGCACAGAGGCAUCCCAACAGCCGUUAUCCUCUCGAAUAUUCGGCAUUUCGCGUUCUGCAAGGGCUAACGAGAAGUCGGAAAUUACUACUGGUGGCUCAUCGCAACCAGUAAGCCCUGCUGCCUCUAGGGAUCGAUCCGGCCGAUCAAGACGGUCAACGAGACGUCAGCCACCACCACCGCCCCCUCCCCCGCCUCCUGAGGAUGAAACUGACGGUUCUGACGAGCCUCUAGAAUGUGCGGAUGAACAGCCGCUUAGUGACGAUGAGGAUGAGGAGGAAGAAGAUGAUGAAGUCGAAGGGACCCUAGACGCAAUUGUAGGUGAUUUGGAAGGCGACCUUUCUGAAGGCAGUGCUCCAGAUCCAACAGCGGUUAAUAUGGAAAUUGCUUCCACUGGGAAAGUUACUGCUCGAAGGGACGACGGGACCAAAGUUGCGACCCCGUCUCAGCUCACGCCCGCCGGAGGCUCUGCAUCCACAUCCACACCUGCGGCCCAGUCUCUACGAAGCUCGCUUGCUUUGGCCGGACGCCCGUUCUCAUCGUUUGCGGCGGCAAUAGAUUCGAUCCCUCAAGACUGGCAUAUUGAAUUUAGUAUCGACGGUAAACCGAUCGCCCACGACACAACGGUCUAUCGCGCCAUCCACUACAACCGGAAGCCUCUCCCCGAGAGUUACACUGGGAACGUAUGGUCCGCAGUUCACACAGUCCGAUUCAAACGCGUUCAAGGACCAGCCCCUGCUGAGCCAUCGAGAUUAACUCCAACAACACCUUCAUCUGGGGAUCCUGACAUUGGAGAAUUGCCAGAAUCUUUGACCAAAGCCACGACUACGGCGGCGAUUCUAAAACUGUUACGCGUUUUACACCGUCUCAACUCUCAGCUUGACUACAUUCUGGCUGAGACAAAGGAACCCAUUAAAGUAGUCACGGAGCCGUUGGCACAAUUCAUUAACACCAAGCUCACUGCAAAACUCAAUCGACAAUUGGAAGAGCCCUUGAUCGUAGCAAGCAGCUGUCUACCGAGCUGGAGCGAAGAUCUCGCACGUCACUUUCCGUUUCUCUUCCCGUUCGAGACCCGCCAUCUGUUCCUACAGUCGACAUCUUUUGGCUAUGCGCGGUCAACAAUGAGGUGGCAAGGCCCUCAACCCGGAGACGACAAUCGCCGCGAUCAGCGCCGAGAUGAUCGUCCGUUUACCCGCCUCCAACGACAAAAAGUACGAAUCUCGAGAACUAGGAUUUUAGAUUCGGCAUUGAAGGUGAUGGAGUUGUACGGGUCAUCCCCCAGUGUCCUAGAAGUGGAGUAUUUUGAAGAAGUGGGCACAGGACUUGGUCCAACAUUGGAAUUUUAUUCUACUGUGUCUAAAGAGUUAUGUAAGAAGAAGCUAAGGCUUUGGCGAGAACAUGACUCUAGUGAUGGAGAAUAUGUUUACAGCAAGCUCGGCCUCUUCCCGGCACCCCUUAGCCCAGAGCAGGCGGUCCAAGAUUCUGGAAAAAAGGUCGUGAAUUACUUCAAAGGGCUUGGAAAGUUUGUUGCCCGGUCGAUGCUAGACUCCAGAAUCAUUGAUAUUGCAUUUAAUCCUACGUUUUUCCGGAUCGCCAAUAACUUUUCGACAUUUACGCCUUCGAUCGGCGCUAUCAAAGCCGUUGACCCUGAUUUAGCAAAGUCGCUCUUGGUUGUCAAACAGUUUGCGAACGCCAAAAUUGCUAUUGAUAACGAUGCAUCCCUGACACCCGAAGAGAAGGAAAAAACUCUGAGAGAAUGCGAGGUUGGUGGAGCGCAUCUUCGAGAUCUAGGACUGGAUUUUACUUUGCCUGGCUAUCCCCACAUCCAGUUAUUGCCGGAUGGAGCGGAUAUUUCAGUUACCCUAGAGAACGUGCAAUUGUACGUUGACAAAGUUAUUGACAUGACACUGGGGAUCGGCGUACGCUCUCAAAUUGACGCUUUCCGCUCGGGUUUCUCGCAAGUCUUUUCUUAUUCCGCCUUAAAGGCAUUUACACCAAACGAGCUUGUAAUGCUCUUCGGUCAGGUUGAAGAAGAUUGGUCUAUCGAAACAUUGAUGGACUCGAUCAAGGCAGAUCAUGGCUUCAACAUGGAUAGUCGCAGUGUGCGAAAUUUACUGGAAACUAUGAGCAAAUUUACCCUUCAACAACGGCGUGAUUUCCUCCAAUUUGUGACUGGAAGUCCAAAGCUUCCUAUUGGAGGUUUUAAGAGUCUUACGCCUAUGUUUACUGUUGUUUGUCGACCAAGCGAGCCCCCCUAUACUUCCGACGACUAUCUUCCUAGUGUGAUGACUUGUGUCAAUUAUCUGAAACUGCCCGACUACUCUAGCGCUGAUAUCCUGAGGAAACAGCUUGAUGUCGCGAUGCACGAGGGCCAAGGCGCGUUCCAUCUCUCGUGA